GGGAGCCACCUCCCAGCUGCCUCUUCCCUUUUGUCGGGGCGCCAGCGCUCGCGGGCCACACUUGGCAGCCGCCCGUGCCUAGCGCGCUCCUCUGCUCGGUGCCGCGACCGUCGACAUGCUGCGCUGCGGCCUGGUCUGCGAGCGCUGCCGGUGGAUCCUGCCCCUGCUCCUGCUCAGCGCCAUCGCCUUCGACAUCGUCGCGCUGUCUGGCCGAGGCUGGCUGCAGUCGAGCACCCACAUCCAGACGUCCUCGCUGUGGUGGAGAUGCUUCAAAGAGCGCGGCGGCAGCGGGUCCUACGAGGAAGGCUGCGAGAGCCUCAUGGACUACGCGUGGGGAAGAGCAGCCGCUGCCACGCUGUUCUGCGGCUUUAUCAUCCUGGUGAUCUGCUUCAUCCUCUCCUUCUUUGCCCUCUGCGGACCCCAGAUGCUUGUCUUCCUAAGAGUGAUUGGAGGCCUCCUCGCCCUGGCUGCUGUGUUCCAGAUCAUCUCCCUCGUCAUUUACCCCGUGAAGUACACCCAGACCUUCAACCUUCAUGCCAACCCUGCUGUCAUUUACAUCUAUAACUGGGCCUACGGCUUCGGGUGGGCGGCCACAGUUAUCCUGAUCGGUUGUGCCUUCUUCUUUUGCUGCCUCCCCAACUACGAAGACGACCUCCUGGGCAACGCCAAGCCCAGGUACUUCUACACAUCCGCCUAAGGUGGGAACGAGAGCGGAAGGAAAUCGCUGCAGCCCAGAGAGAUUCCAGAGGAAGAAACUGUUUCCCCAGGCUACUUUAUACCUUUUUUUUUUUUUUUUUGCAGUGUUCAUACUAUUAAACUAGUCAAAAAUGCUAAAAUAA